GUGCCGGGAAGACGCGACUGUUGCGGACGUCGCGGGAGUUGGCGUCAUGGUUGUGCUGGGCUUCACGUCGUUGCUGGGCCACAUCCCGGCCACAGCGUGGAGAGCGGCAAGAUCACCCAUUCUGUGUCAUUCUUUGAGGAAAAUAAGUUCUCAAGGAGAAAAAUCCAAACCCAUCAAACAACCCCUUAAGAAGCCAAAGUUACCAGAAGGUCGUUUUGAUGCACCAGAAGAUUCCAAUUUAGAGAAAGAACCACUGACAAAAUUUCCAGAUGAUGUUAAUCCUGUUACCAAAGAAAGAGGUGGACCCAGGGGCCCAGAACCUACCCGAUAUGGAGAUUGGGAACGAAAAGGACGCUGUAUUGAUUUUUAAGCCACAUAUUCGUUAACUUCAGUAUCUUUUUCUGAUUGUGUACAUCUGAAUUAACUUAUUUUUGAUUAUUUUCUUUCUGUAUAUCCUUUAAGUCAUCUAAUUUCUAUAAUGUGUUUAAAAAUAUAUUUGAUAGCUUUGGAAGAAAAUAUGCUGUUAUAAAUCAGGAAAGAGGAAAUAUUAGCACAUUAAUUUUAAUUUAAAUGUAUUAGGAUAUUUAAGUGAUGAUUAGAGCUACAAACUUUUAUUUCAUCAUGUUUCAGUUUAAGUUAAUCAGUUGCUUAUAAGAUACAAAUGUAAGUAAAACAACGUUUUUUUUAAAUGAUUUCAUUGCCAUGUGCUAGGUAAUAGUGACUUUAUAAAUGUGAGUUAAGUAUGCAUUAUAGUUCGGUAAGGCCACAGUAACAGCAGAAAAUCUUUAACUCUGGAGCCAGAUCACUUGGGUUCAGAUCCCAGCUCCACUACUUACUAGCUUAUGUGACCUUGGGUAAGUUAUUUAACUUCUCUGUGCUUCAGUAUCCUUAUGUGUAAAUUGGAGAUAAUCCUAGUUCCACCUCGUAGGACAGUUGAGAAGAUUAAAUGAGUGAAUACAUGUACACCACCUGGAGCAGUGCACACUAGAAGAGCUGAAAGAAGUUGCCUCUGGAGGCGAGUUGGGUGGACAGGGACUGCGGUUUCUCAUUAGACGCUUUUUCUCUCUUAAAAUAAAUGAAUAUGUUAGGUACUAUUUUAAGAAUUUAUACAAGUUCAUUGGGGAAAUUUAGGAAACAGUAUAAAGAAGAAAACAAGAAUUGUCUAUAAAACCUCUACACCCGCUUACCCUUUGACGUAUUGUCCUUCAAUAAUCUAAUUUUGUACCCCCAAUUGCAGCAUGGUGCUGAGCAUUUAAUAAACACUCAACAAACGUAGGCUCCGUUUUGAAUCAUCCAGCAGAACUCCACAGUGGCCCCCGAGAUUCCCUCUCCCUGGUGUGCAUGUGAAUAUGAUGAGAUAGUCAUUCCCUUGAUUAAGUUACAUUAUAUGGCAACGAUGAUGGAAUAGUCAUUCUGGGGCUCAAGUUACCUGUGUAAGAAUCCACUGUAGCCAACUGGAGGAAGGUUCUCCUGCUGGAUUUGAAGAAGUAGGAUGCUCUGUUGUGAAAGUGCCAUGGACUAGCUCCUGAAGGCAGCUUUCAGGAGCUGAAAGCUCCCCUGCUGACAGCCAACAAGAAAACAAGAACCUCGGUCUUCUUGCAGCCACAAGGCUCUGAAGUCUGCAAACCACAUGAAUGGGAUUGGAAGCGGAUUCUGAGCCUCAGAUGAGAUCCCAGCUCCAGCCGACACCUUGAUUUCAGCCUGGUGAGACCCUGAACAGAGGACCCAGCUACCCAGUACCCAGACUCCGGACCCAAGGAAGCUGUGAAUAAUGUUUGUUGCUUUAAGCCACUGGGUUUGCAGUAAUGUCUUGUGCAGCAACAGGAACCUGUUACAGUAUUCGAGCUGCUAUUACUAGGGCAUUGGCCUUGAAUCUCAGGAGCAGUGACUAGGCUGGUUUAAGACCUGCAGUUUGAUGAACUGGAUCCUUGUCUUCAUUAUUUGUACACAAAAUUCCUCUCAGACCUGCUUUGCCAAACCGUUGCCCUGUCUUUCUUAGGAGACACGAAGCCCUACUACCUUGCAGGCAUUCUUCCCAGUGCCACCUCCCUAGUGAUCAACAACUAAGUUGAGUUCCUGCUCGCAGGUUCCCUCUUGCCAUGUUCUGUCUGAACAUGAUACCACUCCUGCUACUUUAUGGCGAGUCUCAUUCCCUGUGGGACCGCAUGUGUGUGAACUACACCUAUUUACUGUGACAUUUUUGUGUGCAGUGUCAAGCCUGCUGGACUGACCUUCCUUCAACACCUGCAGCCUGGUCUCAUUCAGUGCCCAGAAGCUGGGAUUGUUUCCUUCUCACAAUGUCCCCUGUAAUAAGUUUCCUGGCCCGGUAUUCUAGAAUUGGGCCAGCUGGGUCCCUCAGGCGAGAUAAAAUAAUCCUAAACCAACCUUAAACUGCUAUAAGAAUGCCCCAAAUUCUUUUAGGAAUUUAUUUAUAAAAGAGUAAUGCAUUUUUCUUUAAACCACCCAAAAUACUAAAAGAUUUGGAAUCUU